AUGAUUCCUCCACAACAGACUGACGCAGCUGGCACUGCCCUCUUCUUUGCCAUCACCCCAGCUGUUUCUUUCCAAUCUGUUAUCAAACAUGAUAAGGAUUUCUUGAACAUCCGAAACCGAUGGAUCCCAUCAGCUACUCAGAGAAGGUGGAUAUUCGUCCCUGAAUCAAUUGAAACCGCUUAUCCGCGAAGCAUUUCCAGAGAGGAGUCUCACAAAGCGGCACAGACAGCACCCCAAUUGUGCAGCGGAGCUGAGACUUUUUCGGCGCCACCAAAUUCCCUUGUCGGUCAACAAAUCGGUGCCAGCUAUCCGAUGGACACAGCCGGCAGCACCGUAAUCGCCAUCGCCACAGCCUCAGCAGCAACAGCACUUGACCUCACCGAACCGGUCGCUGGCUACGUAGCAACUCUCCAGCGUUCUGACAUCAAAGUCUUCCGCAAAAUUCCCGGCAUUAUAGACUUUGGUGCAGCCGCCACUGCCACUUCCUACGUCGUCACCACCGCUAUUCCUUUCUGA